CGUACAUCCCCACCAUGGAACCCCCAGAAUCCCAGGGACGACCGGACGCAACCGCGAGAAUGACAACUUACGAUCCCAACUUCAUGAGACAUAUGGAGGCAAACCAUAUUUAUCCGCCUGAUCACAUACAUCCAGAUGGCCGAGAGGUGGAGGAGCCAGCGAAUAUGAGCGCCAUUGUCGAAAUGUUGGCAAAAGAUAGGCCUUCAUCCCCACAGGUCACCAAGGAAGAGUUCCGGGAAUUCGUCAGAGGAUGGAGAAACAUUUCGAGUGGAAAAGGUAGCAACGACUUGAGAAAAUACUUCACGCAGGUGCUGGAACUGGGGGGCAGCGAAGACUCAAAGUGCGAAGUCGGCUUUGUAUUCAAAGACUUAGCACCCAUGGCCGAUUCCACAGGUGACGUGAACCCGUAUCGUGUCGCCGGCGCACAGCCUGAAUCACUUGACACCGGCAUCCGCGGCAAGCUGAACAAACACAUCCGCCCCUCAAAUCAGCACGAGUUAAUUGCCCCGAACUUCUUUUUGGAGCUCAAGGCAGCGGACGGUACUAGCGAAAUGACCCUCAAGGGCCGGGUAUGUUAUGAGGGCGCUAUCGGCGCUCGAGCGAUGCAGACUCUCCGGACUUACGAGCAAGAAAAGGAGCAGCCCGUUUUCGACCACAAUGCGUAUACAAUCUCGGUAACACUUCAUGAUGGAGUACUAAACCUGUACACGCACCAUGUCACCGAUGGCGAACCUCGGAGGUAUACGACGAUCAGAGUUGCUGAGUACCCUAUGCGAUUCGGCCAGGAGCACUUUCAAAAAGGCAUCACAGCCUAUAGAAACGCGCGAGACUGGGCAAAAAAACAGCGUGACGAACUCAUUGCGGCGGCAAAUUCUCGAGAACGAGAGGGGUCCCGUCAACAGGCAGCUGGGUCACAUGUUACUCCCCAAUACGACGCGACCCCGAACGAAUUGGAGGAGAAGACGCAGGAGCUGGAUCAAGGGGAAGCUGGAACAGAUGCAACUCCCGAAGAAGAUCUCGCGGCCCCGGACGAAUUGAAAAACGGGGAGAAGACGCAGCCGUCAACUACCACGGCUCCCGCAUCUGAGCCCGCGCGUUCGCAAGGAAAUGUUUCUGGCCGCAAGAGGAGGUCCGACGCUGGCAGUGAGGCGGAUAGAAACAAGAAGGCACGAAGCAUAUAAGUAGGAUCAUUCGGUCUGUAACACGGAAGAUCCAUGCGGUGGAGUAUGUGGGAAUUGUGCUCAGGUGAUACGUUGGGGUCUGUCCUGAUUUUGUGUGUACAUCACGCUAGUUAGUGGAAUUGUUGAUUCUUGUGUCUUGAUCGACUCUGGGGACUUCUUUGAGAAUGUCAACCUUUCACCGUAUACGUAGGUAUAUCUCUUCGUGUCGACACCAUUCCUUUAGCUACUUCACCAAAGAAGUCAAGAUGUUGUGUCAAGCAACGAUAACUAGCCUGGUUGUAAAAGCCCAACCCACUGCUACGCCCAACAGAAGAGUGU